UAUAAAAAAAGAAAAUUCUCAAUUAGAUUAUUCUAUCACAUGCCACUAAUAUAGUUCCCUCAUAGAAGUUAAUAUCUAAGCAUCCUUUCAUGCCACAAAUAAAGUUAUGCCUGAAACUGGAAACUUUUCGCCUCCGAACCUGAAAAAACAGACGUGGGAGAACCUCAAAGUAACAGAAUGUGAACGUUUUGGCGCCAGUCAGUCACUGUGUCUCAAGCACCUGAAACUAGUUUUGAAAGCAAAUACCAUAUCAUUUCCGAUUCCAGACCUGAGGAUCCUCUUUCUUCUUCCAUUCCUAUUCCUUCUCAUAAUGUGAUUGCUUACUAUUCCAACUUCCAUGGAUUCUGAAACCCUAGACUCCACCCAGCUGUUCCUCACAGCCCUCAAAACCCUUCAACCCGACCCUCCUCCUCCAGCCUCCACCUCCCUCUCCCCAUUCCCCUCCUCCCUCCCUCACUCCAAACUUAUCCCCCACACACGCUUCCUCGUCGACGCCUUCCGCCACGCCGGCCCCUACUCCCACUCCUACUUCCUCUCCCACUUCCACUCCGACCACUACACCGGCCUCUCCGCCUCCUGGUCCCGCGGCGUCAUCUUCUGCUCCGCCACCACCGCCUCUCUCCUCCGCAACAUCCUCCACGUCCCCGCUGCCCUCGUCGUCCCUCUUCCCCUCCGCCAAACCCUUUGCAUUGAUGGCGCCCAAGUCACCCUCCUCGACGCCAACCACUGCCCCGGCGCCGUACAGUUCCUCUUCGCCAUCCCCUGCGCCGAUGGCACCGCCGCCCUAAGGUACGUUCACACUGGCGACUUCCGUUUUUCUAGUUCCAUGGUUUCGGAGCCCGCCCUCGCCUCCUUCGUCGGUGCCGAUGCGGUUUUUCUCGACACGACAUAUUGUAAUCCUAAGUUCGUUUUCCCCUCGCAAGAGGAAUCUAUUGAUUACGUUGCCAGUGUUGUGGAGAGGGUUGAGCGUGAGUGUGGUGAUAGUAAUGAUAAAGUUCUAUUUCUUGUUGCUACUUAUGUUAUUGGGAAGGAGAAGAUUUUGCUUGAGCUUGCACGUAGAUUUAAGAGGAAGAUACAUGUUGAUGCUAGGAAGAUGGAGGUUUUGAGGGUUCUUGGGUAUGGGGAGAGCGGUGAGUUUACUGAGAAUGGGUUGGAGAGUAAUAUUCAUGUUGUUGGGUGGAAUGUGUUGGGGGAGACUUGGCCAUACUUUAGGCCUAAUUUUGUUAAGAUGAAGGAGGUUAUGGCUGAAAGAGGGGGUUCCUACUCCAGGGUUGUGGGCUUUGUUCCUACCGGCUGGACCUAUGAGGUGAAGCGCAGUAGGUUUGCGGUCAAGUGCAAGGAUUCAUUUCAGAUUCAUCUUGUGCCCUAUAGUGAGCACUCGAACUAUGAUGAGCUCAGGGAGUAUGUGAAGUUUUUGAAGCCAAAGCGGGUUGUUCCGACUGUGGGUUUGGAUGUUGAGAAGAGUGACAGUAAACAUGCUAACAGAAUUAUGAAGCACUUUGCCGGGUUAGUUGAUGAGACUGCUAACAAGCAUGAGUUUUUAAGGGGUUUUUGCCGUGGCCUUGGUGAAGUGGGUUUCAAGGCUGAGAAGGGUGUUAGUGAUGUUCUGGAACCAGGUCAAGGCAUGGGCAAGGAAGUCAUUCCAUUGCAGGAGGUAGAAGGUGAUAAGAGUAUUGAUCCAGGUGUGGCUGUGGGUUUGCAUUCUUUUAUGGGAGAUACUUGUACAGAAGAUCCUACUUUGCUGACCGAUGAAGAAAAAGAGAAAAUAAUUCGAGAACUUAGUUGUAGUUUACCCACGUGGGUCACCCGAGACCAGAUGCUGGAUAUGAUCAGCAUCUCUGGGAGUAAUGUCGUUGAAGCUGUUUCUAAUUUCUAUGAACGUGAAACUGAAUUUCACGAGCAAGUGAUUUCCUGUCAAACUCCUGUUUCAACAUCCAAGUGCUGCACAUUAAAUGACACUGAUUCAUUUGCAAAACCUAGCCUUAAUAAUGCAAACAACACUAGCAAAAAUAUUAACAUUUUUCCUAGUCAAGACUCUAAAUCAACUAUCCUGAGGCAUAAAGUACCUAGUCCCGUUUCUCCUGCCAAAAGGAAGAGAAGCAGUGACAGUAAGCCAAACAAAAAAGGCAAAGCCAAAGCAAAAUCCGAACCAAGUGAUUCAAAGCAGUCCACACUUACAAGAUUCUUCAAGAAAGUAAUACCUGAGAUUCCUGGUGGUACUCAAUCUGAUAAUUCUGAACCAAAGCUUGAACAAAGCUCUGAAGUUGAAGACUUGUUGCCAACUGAUGUUGGACAAAUUUACAAGGAUGAAAUCGAUCAAUUUUUGCAGAUAAUAAAUGGGAAUGAGUCAUUAAAGAACCAUGCCAUGACUAUAAUUAAGAAGACAAAAGGAGAUGUCAAUAAAGCACUGGAUAUAUAUUACUGUAAUUCUGGAAAUCUUAGCGAAAAUGAAUUAUCAGUUCAAGAGGAGAGCAAAAUUGAUAGACCAUUAGUAAAGAAACAUGCAUCAGAGGAAUUAAGAAUUAUGCCAGAUAUUUCUGGGCAGAAAGUGUUAAAAGAUAAUGUAGAUGCUACUCAACUAUCUCUACCACCAGAGAAAUACAAUCCUAUAGAACAUGCAUGUUGGAGAGAUGGACAGCCUGCACCAUAUUUACAUAUUGCACGAACCUUCAACCUGCUUGAGGGUGAGAGAGGAAAGAUUAAAGCUACUUCAUUGUUAUGCAAUAUGUUUAGAAGUUUGUUGGCUUUAUCUCCGGCAGAUGUGCUUCCUGCUGUGUAUCUAUGCACAAACAAAAUUGCUGCAGAUCAUGAAAAUAAGGAAUUAAAUAUUGGUGGAAGUUUAGUCACUGCAGCACUUGAAGAGGCCUGUGGAACAAAUCGUUUGAAAAUACGGGAGAUGUAUAACAAAUUUGGUGAUCUCGGUGAUGUUGCUCAAGAAUGUCGUCAAACACAGAGAUUACUUGCACCACCUACACCACUUCUAAUUAAGGAUGUUUUCUCUGCGCUACAAAAGAUAAGUGUACAAACAGGCAAUGGAAGUAUAUCUCGCAAGAAAGGCAUCAUUGUUCAUCUCAUGCACUCCUGCCGAGAGAAGGAGAUGAAGUUUCUUGUUCGGACCUUGGUUAGGAACUUAAGGAUUGGGGCCAUGCUUAGAACUGUUUUGCCUGCAUUGGCUCAUGCUGUUGCUAUGAAUUCUAGCCCUACUUUUCACCAAGGAGGAACUGCAGAAAAUUUGAAGGAGAAGCUUCAGGUUCUUUCUAUGGCAGUUGUUGAAGCAUAUAACAUACUGCCAAAUCUGGAUCUAAUAGUUCCAUCUCUCAUGAACAAAGGCAUUGAUUUUUCGGUUUCAAGUUUAUCAAUGGUUCCAGGAAUACCAAUUAAGCCUAUGCUAGCAAAGAUCACCAAUGGUAUUCCUCAAGCACUGAAGCUAUUUGAAAAUAAAGCAUUUACAUGUGAAUAUAAGUAUGAUGGUCAGCGGGCCCAAAUUCACAAAUUAGUUGAUGGAUCGAUUCGUGUUUUUUCUAGAAAUGGGGACGAAACAACUUCAAGAUUUCCUGAUCUGAUUGACAUAAUCAAGGAAUCCAGCAAGCCUGUUGCAUCAACUUUCGUAAUGGAUGCGGAAGUUGUUGGUAUAGACAGGAAAAAUGGAUGCAGGAUUAUGUCUUUCCAGGAGCUAUCAUCACGUGGGAGAGGUGGAAAAGAUGCGUUAGUUACAGCAGAGAGCAUCAAGGUGGAUAUAUGCAUCUUUGUCUUUGAUAUAAUGUUCGCAAACGGAGAGCAGUUAUUGGGUUUUCCUCUACGCCUUAGACGAAAGUAUCUGAAGGAUUUAUUCUAUGAUGAGAAACCUGGGUAUUUUGAAUAUGCAAAGGAAACAACUAUUGAAGCAGAUGAUGCUUGCUUAGCUUGCGAAGCCACAUUAACUAAGAUAAAUACUUUCCUGGAAGAGGCAAUCCACUCUUCAUGCGAAGGAAUUAUGGUGAAAACAUUGGAUGUUGAGGCUGGCUAUUUUCCAUCAAAGCGUUCUGAUAAAUGGUUAAAAGUCAAGCGAGAUUAUGUGGAAGGAUUAAAUGAUACUCUUGAUUUAGUACCGAUUGGUGCUUGGCAUGGAAAUGGAAGGAAAGCUGGAUGGUAUAGUCCAUUUCUUGUGGCGUGUUUCAAUCCGGAAACAGAGGAGUACCAAAGUGUAUGUCGUGUGAUGUCUGGAUUCUCAGAUUCAUUUUAUAUAGAGAUGAAAGAAUUCUUCUCUGGGGACAAAGUAUUGUCCAAAAAACCGCCAUAUUAUCAAACAGGAGAGGAACCAGACAUUUGGUUUUGUCCACAAGUCGUUUGGGAAAUAAAAGGAGCAGACUUUACAGUAUCCCCAGUUCAUCAUGCUGCAAUUGGUUUAGUUCAUCCAUCUCGUGGCAUUUCAAUCAGAUUUCCAAGAUUUAUUUGCUGUGUCUCAGACAGAAACCCAGAAGAAUGUAGCACAGCUUCCGAUAUAGUUGAAAUGUUUCAUUCUCAGACUCGGAAGAUGGAUGUCAUGGCUAAGUAGUGAAUGUAUAUAAUCAGUUCUUGUGUAAAUCAUUUAGGUAUCAGAUUAUUGAAGGGUUUAACAUUUUGUAUGUGCAUAGUAGAAAUUUUAACGGUAGAUCUCUUGGCUUGUAGGAAGGACUCUUUGUAGGCCACAAAGAAGUUACCAUAUC